UGAAGAAGCCGAGCCAGGAGACAGAGCGGAAGUCUCGCGUACCCAGAGACCGUACAGGCGAGGGACCCGCGGUGUCAUGGCCGCCGACAGCGACGAUGGCGCAGCCUCAGCUCCAGCCGUCUCUGACGGUGGUGUCAGCCAAAGCACAAAAUCUGGAGAGGAGCUCGUAGUCCAGGUUCCCGUGGUGGAUGUGCAAAGUGACAACUUCAAGGAGAUGUGGCCAUCCCUCCUGCUGGCCAUAAAGACGGCUAGCUUUGUGGCUGUGGACACGGAACUGAGUGGGCUUGGGGACAGGAAGAGUUUGCUGAACCAGUGCAUCGAGGAACGUUACAAGGCUGUGUGUCAUGCUGCCAGGACCCGAUCUAUCCUCUCCCUGGGCCUUGCCUGCUUCAAGCAGCAGCCAGACAAGGGUGAACACUCAUACCUGGCCCAGGUGUUCAAUCUGACCCUGCUGUGCAUGGAAGAGUAUGUCAUAGAACCAAAGUCUGUGCAGUUCCUGGUACAGCAUGGCUUCAACUUCAACCGGCAGUAUGCCCAGGGUAUCCCCUACCACAAGGGCAAUGACAAGGGUGAUGAGAGCCAGAGUCAGUCAGUGAGGACACUGUUCCUAGAGCUAAUCCGGGCCCGUCGGCCCCUGGUACUACACAAUGGUCUUAUAGACUUGGUGUUCCUGUACCAGAACUUCUAUGCACACCUGCCCGAGAGCUUGGGAACCUUUACUGCUGACCUGUGUGAAAUGUUCCCAGCUGGCAUUUAUGACACCAAAUAUGCAGCUGAGUUUCAUGCCCGCUUCGUGGCCUCCUACCUAGAAUAUGCCUUCCGGAAAUGUGAGCGGGAAAAUGGGAAGCAGCGGGCAGCUGGCAGCCCACAUGUUACCCUGGAGUUCUGCAGCUAUCCUUCUAGCAUGAGGGCCCAUAUCGACUACCGCUGCUGCAUGCCCCCUGCAACCUACCGUACUCAUUCCACCAGCAUCUGUGACAACUUCUCGGCCUAUGGCUGGUGCCCCCUGGGACCACAGUGUCCUCGGUCCCAUGAUAUUGACCUUAUCAUUGACACUGAUGAAGCAGUGGUGGAGGAUAAGAGGCGACGGCGGCGACGAAGGGAAAAACGGCGGAGGGCUUUGUUGGGCCUCCCUGGGAAACAGACUUCUGGGGAAGCUGAGGAUGGCCCUGCCACCAAGCAGGUCUGUAGGGAUGGCCUCAAGCCUGAGGAAAUUGAGCAGGAGGUGGCUGAGGAUGAGACUGGAAACCAGCCUUGCUCUGAGCAAGGUCACAAAAAUGACUUGGAGAUGGAGCAUAAAACAGCAAGGCCUGAAACAGCUGACAUGACCACCACAGAAGCACCAGGAAAUCAAGUCAAUCCUAACCCAAUGCCUGGGGAUGGACUGCAUCGGGCUGGUUUUGAUGCUUUUAUGACAGGUUAUGUGAUGGCCUGUGUGGGAGUGAGCCAAGGACCCCAGCGCUGUAGCUCUGAACCAUGGCUAUCUGAAUGCCACAACAAGGUAUACCUGAGUGGCAAAGCAGUUCCCCUCACAGUGGCUAAGAGCCAGUUCUCCCGUUCUUCCAAAGCCCACAACCAGAAGAUGAAGCUGGCUUGGGGCAGCAGCUGACCCAACUUCUACCCAGCACUCAGGGCCCAGGAAGAGAAGCUGAGGAUGCAACAGAGGGGUCUGCAUCCUUCUAGCCUGUGAGUGUCCUACUCAACUACUAGGGGAUGGGGAUGGGGUCCUGGCAGAGAUACUGCUGCGUCGCUUCUGGACCUUUGCCUUUAACCCAGAGGCUAAGGAACAAGGGUACAAGUAAGAAGGCUGACCGUGAGCACCUGUAACACCGACUUUAUUCAUUUUUAAAUCUCAAAGUGUCCUGGGAAAGUUUUACAAAAAAAAAAAAAAUCAACAGAAACAAGAUAUGAAAAUA